AUGAAAAAAGAGAAGGACAAUUAAGAACUGUUGAUUGGAAAAGAUUGGGAGGGUAACUAAAUUCAUAUUCAUAAUGAUGAUCUUCAUAAGGCAGAAUACAUAGAUGUUUAGGCAAUGUUGAAUGAUACAUUAGAUAAAUUGGAUAAAAUCGAGAAGAUAGAAAUAUUUAUGACAUUCCUAAAUUUUACAACAAAAGCAUUAGCCUUGUACCUUGUCUUAAUUUAUUAUGACACAGUCUUUAAAUACGAUUCAUUAUUAUUAUUUAGUUAUCUAUUAUAUGCAUUGCUUGAAUUAGUUGCAUUUGGAGCAGCAUUUGCGGUAGUAUUAAGUGCCCGUAUAAUUUCAGCUUUAUUGGGAGUAAAUGUAUUUUAUUUAGGUGAGAAAUACACUAUGAUUAGACAGCUUCAUUUAUUUACCAAUUUUAUAUUCUGUGUUUAAAUUUUGCUUUGUUGUAACAUUUUUAGUAUAAUCAUUGACUGUUGUGAUUUUUUCAAAGUUUUCACAUUGGAUAUUUCCAUUAGUUCUAGUAAGAUAAACAAUUUAAAUGAUUAUAGAUAGCAUCAUUGUUUGUAACUCUCAUUUUACAAGUUAGUAGAUUGAUUCUAAUGGUUGGAGGGAAAGUCAGUUCAAUUUCAAGAUGUUUUGAUACUAAUUGGAUAUUUAAAAUAUUAGCACCUGAAAAUCUAUAAAAAGUAUGUAUCUCAUUUAUUUAUAAAUAGAGUUAUUAAUUCUCUAGAAAUUUGUUAUUUCAACUUUUAAAUAUCUAUGAAGAACUUAAUCCAGAAUAUAAAGAAUUUAUUUAAAAAGGAUAUAAGUAUUAAAAGUAAGUUUUUGAGUUAAAAGAUGAUAUUCAAUGGGCAAAAGAUUUCAUUAAAAGAUCUAUUAUUGAACACAAUGAUGUUCAAGGCAAUUCCUCUUCUAAUAAAUAAUCUCUUGUUAUAUAAUCAUGA